AUGGGAAAUUUAUACAAGUAUGUUGCAGUACUUGCUUUUAUAUUUGCGUUGGUGAUAGGAACAUUUGAAUGCCGCACACUAAAAAAAGAAGAAUAUGUUGACACUUUUGGAGGAGGUGGCUUAGGUGGUGGUGCAGGUGGAGGUUUUGGAGGUGGUAGUGGUGGAGGUGUUGGAGGAGGAUUUGGCCACGGUGGAGGUGUUGGAGGAGGUGGUGGCUUUGGAGGUGGUAGUGGUGGUGGAGGAGGAAUUGGAGGUGGUCAUGGUGGUGGGUUAGGCGGAGGUGGUGGUGUAGGUGGAGGUUUUGGAGGUGGUAGUGGUGGUGGUGCAGGAGGAGGAAUAGGUGGUGGACAUGGUGGUGGAUUAGGUGGAGGUGGCGGUACGGGUGGAGGCUUCGGAGGUGGUGCAGGAGGAGGAAUUGGUGGUGGACAUGGCGGUGGAUUAGGUGGAGGUGGUGGUGCAGGUGGAGGCUUUGGAGGUGGUAGUGGUGGUGGCUUAGGAGGAGGAAGUGGUGGUGGUAGCGGAAUAGGUGGAGGAGGAGGUGCUGGAGGAGGUAUUGGAGGUGGUUCUGGAGGAGGUGUUGGCGGUGGCUUUGGAGGUGGACAUGGGGGUGGUGCAGGGGGAGGAAUUGGCGGGGGCGGUGGCUUUGGAGGUGGACAUGGGGGUGGUGCAGGGGGAGGAAUUGGCGGGGGUGGUGGCACGGGUGGAGGUGUUGGCGGAGGCUUUGGAGGUGGAUCUGGAGGAGGUGCAGGUGGUGGCUUUGGAGGUGGAUCUGGAGGAGGUGCAGAUGGUGGCUUUGGAGGCGAUCAGGGUGGGGGUUCAGGCGGUGGUUUUGGAGGUGGUGCUAGUGGAGGGGCCGGUGGUGAUUGA